ACUGCUUGAUCGAAUAUUGCGAUCGCGUCUCUUAGCACCGUGCCACUAAACUCCUCAGGCAAAAUACACCAAUGAAUCUAUGAUUGUUAUUACAACUGUGUUCUUUUUUGAGAUGACUGCGCCAUGACUUGUGAUACAAUGAUCACACCCAUACUUCUCAACAAGAUAACAUGACUUGCAUUGAAACGGCAACACCGACCUGAAAACGGAAUGGACGGACACUUCUGCACCUCCCUGUAUGCGCACUGUAAUCCCUCUCCCCAGCAACCAACCAACCAAACAAUGAUUCCCUCCAUCACCCACGCAACCAAUUCAAACAACCAGCACAGCACAGAAUCCCGCCCGCCCCGUGCCCACCCUUCCUUCCUUCUUACACCGGAGCUGCCGCAAACUCCGGGUCCCGCAUCCUCCACAACGCGAACACAACACGCCUCACGUCCUUGCCGUGACUUACGCGCCGCCGCGGCCUCUCUCUUUCUCUUUGACUCUCCCACGGAACUGCACACCCGAACCUACCACGAUUAGAUAAUCCCCCCAAUUAAACCCUUUCUCAGCGAUAUUUCCAAUAUUUGAAGCACAGAC